UUUUAUUCUUUAUCAAAUAAAGACAGCCUUUCUCUUAUUGGUUGAACACAACGAUAUCAAAUCCUAGAAUGGCUUUCCCUUUCAUUACCCGUAAAACAGUAAUAAAAUUUUUCCUCUCUUUUGCCACACUAAUCUCCUUUCUUCUCUCACUCUCUCAUGGAGAUGAAGUUGCUAAUACGACUAACGAAGUUCCAAAGGGUUGGGCAAUGCCUACUGAACAAAAUCCAUUCAAAAUUGCAGUUCCUGGUAGAACUUCAUUUCAAACGUUUGUAAAGGUUGACUACAGUGGGAAGAAGCUAGAUAAUUCCAACUUUGAUGGUUGGUGCAUUGAUGUUUUCAAAGAGGUGCUUAAAAAUUUGCCUUAUUCUCUGCCCUAUGAAUUCAAUGCAUUGAAUGUCAGCUAUGAAGAGCUGGUUCUUGGUGUCUACAACAAGACUUACGAUGCUGUUGUUGGAGAUGUGACCAUAUUGGCAGACCGUACAAAACAUGUGGAAUUCACUCAGCCAUUUGCCGAGUCAGGGUUGUCCAUGGUAGUUCCUGCAAAACCUGAAGGAUCAGCAUGGAUGUUCUUGAAGCCUUUAACCUGGAAAAUGUGGCUGACAACCGGGGUUGUCCUGAUUUACACAAUGCUUAUUGUUUGGUUCUUGGAGCAUCAGUGUAAUCCAGAAUUUAAUGGCUCAUUGAAGAAUCAGAUUGGUACCACAAUUUGGUUCACAUUCUCCACUCUAUUCUUUGCUCACAGUAAGUACAAAUGUCUAUAAACUGUUUUUAUUUAUUUUAUGAGCAACAAUGUGUCUCAUCAUGAUAAGUACUCUAUGACACUUAGCACAAGCUAAUGAUCAAGUCUUCCACUGUUUAUCAAGUCUAACCAGCUUCAAGGCUGCCUCAUUGUGCCCGCCCCUAAUAAGUUAUGGCUGUCUGGGAUGUAAAGUAAUAUAAUUGGUUUACCAUGGCACAAAUCCUUCUCUUAUUUCUGUACAUGUAAUUAGCUAAUUUUCAGAGACCUAGUACUUUGUUCUUAGUGGGAGUUAAAGAGGUUCGUUUAUGUUCAAGGUUUAGAAUGUGAGGUUCGUUUAUGUUCAAGGUUUAGAAUGUUCUAAUAUCUGAAAGGUUGCAAGUCAUGUAUGACUGGAAAA